AACUUCCAUCUUCCAUUCCAUCAUCGUUCAUUCAUUGGCGGCCAUUGUGGUUUACUUUGUUUUGUCAAAUUCAGAAAAAUCUAAAUCAUUUAUUAGAUCGGUAUUCAAUGUUUGAACCUCACUUAUUUUUAGAUUAUUUGUGAAGACGGUGCUAUUAGCAUUAUAAAUAAUAUUUUACGUGAUAAGUAUAGUGUUAUAAGUAGUAUAAUGUCUGAAGUUGAAGAGUUCAGCCAGCAAAAGCCUGCAAAGACGGGCAAGCAACAUAAUAUAUUACCAAUAUGGGGUAAUGAACAGACUAUGAACCUGAACCCACUAAUAUUAGCAAAUAUACAGGGCUCUAGCUACUUCAAAGUGCACCUGUUCAAGUUGAAGACAUACCACGAGGUGGUGGAUGAGAUCUACUACCAGGUGAAACACCUGGAGCCUUGGGAAAGGGGCAGCCGCAAGACUGCUGGCCAGACGGGCAUGUGUGGCGGCGUUCGUGGUGUAGGAGCUGGUGGCAUUGUGUCCACAGCAUUCUGUCUUCUGUACAAACUGUACACCCUACGGCUCACUCGUAAGCAGGUCAAUGGCCUGCUGCAGCAUUCUGACUCUCCCUACAUUAGAGCUCUUGGAUUUAUGUACAUCCGCUACACACAGCCACCAGCAGAUCUCUUUGACUGGUAUGCAGACUACUUGGAUGAUGAAGAGGAAAUAGACCCUCGUGCUGGGGGUGGAGGCUCCACAACCAUCGGUGCCUUGGUGAGACAGAUGCUCAUCAAACUGGACUGGUUCAGCACAUUAUUCCCCAGAAUACCAGUACCCAUACAGAAGCAGAUUGAACAGAAGUUAGCAGAGCACAACAGGCAGACAUCAGCCACGAAGCCGGCGGCAAACUAUCGCGGUGGAGGUGGCAACAACGGCAAUGGCGGAAAUAGUGCGGGCAGUGGGGGCGGUGGUGCCUACAACCCUAGCAGAAUGGACUCUGAUCGAAGAGAGCACGAUGACAGAGACAGACGAGAUUAUGGCGAGAGCGACAGGUAUUCAAAAGACAGAACGCGCCGUGACGACCGCGAACGUGACAGAGAGCGCGAUCGCGGUGACCGCGAUAGAGAUCGUGAUCGGGAACGCGAAAGAGACCGCAGGGAUCGGGACCGUCGCGACCGCCAUCGGGAUAGAUCGCGGUCACGUGACCGACAGCGUCAUCGAUCGCGAUCCAGAGAUCGCCGCUUUAGAUAAUGUUCAGCAAAAUAUAGAUGAUAUUAUUGUGUCCUUACAAAUGAAUAAUAAUGAUGUUCUGGAUUUCGUGUUUUUUUUUCGAUUACCUUUUUAUUACCAUUGUAAAAGAAAAUUAUGUAAAGUUAGAAUAUUGAAGAUUUCUAGAAAGCAUCUAAAUUGAUUUGUCCCAUACCGAUAGGUUAAAGAUUAGAGAUUAUCAUAAUUAUAUCCAAAAAAAUUAGUCAUGAGACAAGUAGUUUCAAUUGUUUAUUCCAUUGCAAAAAUAAUAGAAAUGCUUGAAAAUAGCAUUGAACCUCACUGAACAGCAAUUGACAAGCUUAGAGGCUACUAAUAAAUAUUAGAUUACAUUUGAAUGAAAACAUUUUAGAUUUUUGAAUGAUAUCAGCCUAUGCUGCAGCGCCUUUAGUUUCCUGCUGCUCAAACUUAGGAUACUUCUGUUCCACAUCAGUCCAAGAGAUCUUGCUAUUGGACAAAUCUCUCACAACAACAGGUACAUCAUCCAGUGGUAGUCUCACUUGUCCCAUACUGUCUCUCUCUCUCAAUGUUACUGAAUGGGGUUCUUUUAUAGUAUCGAAGUCGACGGUAAUUGCGUAAGGCACACCCAGUUCAUCAGUUCUAGCAUAGCGUCGGCCAAUAGAACCAGAGGAGUCGUCGACUUUGUGCGACACAUCUGCGUUUAUCAAUCCCUGUGACAGUUCCCUGACAAAUGGUUGGAAUUCGGCGUUACCACUAAGAGGUAAGACUGCGCACUUCAUAGGUGCAACUGUAGCUGGUAAGGAGAAGUAGGUCCUCUGUUCAUCACCUUCUCUCAUCCUGAAAUUAUGCUCUAGAAUUGAAUAAAGGAUCCUACCAACGCCAAAUGAAGGCUCAAUUACGCUUGGAAUAAUUUCCUCAACAUGAACAGUUUUUUGAGUUUUCUUUACACUGACAAGGGUUGGUGUGAGUUUAAAUUCACCAUUUGGAGUAGAUAGGAUGUAUUCACCAUCACCAGUUAACUUGGCUUGCAAAUUUUCUAACUCAGCAGAGUCCAUGGCAGCUAACCCAUCAUUGAUAACUUUAGCAUCUUUCUUAAACUCUUUGCCAAUAGCGGCUUUAUUAGGGACAGCUUCAACAACUUCUAUUUGUUUUGGUGCAGGAAGUUUUUUCUCAGCUGCAAGCCUAAUGCCUGUAGCUUUGCUGUGCUGAGUCAAAUCAUAUGCAGACCUAUCAGCACAGCCUACACAUUCUACCCAGCCAUAGCUGGUGAGACACUCAGCAUCCCAGCAGUCACAAGCAUAGUGAGCCAUCUCAUUACCCAUGUGCUGUCUGAACCUUAGCUUCUUAGGAUCAAUGCCAACAGCCAACAUGUACAAGUGGAUUCUUGCCAUAAAGUAUCCCAAAGUUUCAUUGUUCACAAUUCCUUUAGUAACAGCAUCACCAAUGGUCAUAAUCUCUGCUGGUCUUCCCUGUUCCUGGCUAUCAGCAGAAUAGAACAGCAUCUGUGUGUUCUUUACAGAUUCAAACUUCGGGUGGUCUUUGGAGUCACAGAAGUGUUCAAUUUCACACAUAGUGAAUUCUCUAACCCUGAGUAAGCCAGAGCGAGGAGAUAUUUCAUUUCUGAAUGAAUUUCCAAUUUGAGCAGCAGCAAAUGGUAAACGGCCUUGGUUAAACUCCAGAAGUCGUUUAAAGUUGACAAAUAUGCCUUGAGCUGUUUCAGGUCUCAAGAACCCUUUAACUAAACCACUAGGACCAAUCUGAGUGUUAAACAUAAGGUUAAACUCUAUAGGUGGAGUCAAAUCAUUGCCACUUAUGGGUGACUUCAUUUGGAAUCUCUGCAUCAAUGCUUCCAUUUGGUCAGCUGUCAUACCAUCAAGCUUCACUAAAAUAUCUUCAAUCUCGGCUUUUAGUUCAGCAGUUGAAUUUUUCUCACUUUUUACUUUUUCAAGGUGAGCCUUUAUCAAGUGAUCCAGACGGAAGCAUUCUCCUGACUUGACAUCUUUAGUCAUAAGGUCAGCGAACCGUUCAACAUGUCCUGAAGCUUUUAGAACUGGCUCUGGGGUUAAGAUUGAACAAUCCACCUCCAACAUCUGCUCCUGCAGGAUAAAAUAUUUCCGCCAAAGCUGGAUCAUGUUGCUCUUAAGGGCGCAUCCCAUUGGACCAAAAUCAAAUUGACCAGUGAUACCUCCAUAUAUAGCAAAAGAUUGGUCAUAGAAGAACCUUCUUUUGAUAAGGUCCUCCAUUUUAGCACGAUCAAAGAGCUCUUCGGUGGGAGCGAGACUGAGUUCUUUAUCCUCCAAAACCUUUUUUCUUGCCUUAAGUUCAGCAACAGCUUUUUUUAUGUCAAUUUCAGGAGCUUUUUCUUCUUUGAGUUUCCUCACAAAGUCGCCUUGUUCCUUGACGCUGGCGCGCAGAGGCGCUAAGAUUUCUUCGAUUUUGGGGUCAGCCAUAAUAAUUUCUCUUAGUGGAUUUGGUAUUUUGAUCUUUCUAUGAAGUUUAUUGCUGCCCCACUGAGUAUGAGAUAGUCUGACUUGAUUGCAGAAGGCAGGAAUUUGUUUACUAAAUACACUACACUUAUAUAAUAAAGCUACAACGUUUCUCAUUUAAGUGAGAGCGAACAGUCUUCCUUUUAAUUUAUUAAACCAUCUGUUAGCCGGUUAUUAGCUUUUUGAUCGCGUGGAAAAUGACGAAAUCCGUAUCACGAACUUACAGUCACUUUUU